AUGAGCUCAUCUCGGGUAAAACCUCAGCACAGCGCCCGCUCCCCGCAUCCCUCCGAGGCGAGCGAGGGUAUCGAGAUGGAGAGCAUCCAGCGGCAGCAUCACCACGACUCGGCGGCCGGAGGUACCGUCGCGGGUACUCCGUCGUCCCCUUCCAGACAAGCCUGGAGCCGCGACAACCCGGGCUUCGAGCCCGGCGACGAGAUCAUGGCAGCGGACUGGCCUCCAGCCAGCCCCGGGAGGAGGUCGGCAUCCACGACCUCCAGCAACAGCAGCUGCAGCAGCGGUCUGGGUAGCUACAACGUCGGCGGAGGUGGUGGAGGCAGCCCACACAUCCAUGGUGGAGGUGCCUACCCGACUCCGAGUGGGGACGACGGGCAGCGGGGCAGGCGUGAGCACAGCAGCUGUAUGAAGCAAAUACUACACAAAAUUAGAAUUCUAUGGGGCACGGAACUGAUGGAGGACAACGACACCAGUCGAGAGCGCUACCUGUGGAACGUCUUGCGAGAGAUGCUCACCUACAUCGCCUUUCUCAUCACCAUUUGCGUCUUGACGUAUGGGAUGGUGAGCGCCAACAUGUAUUACUACACCAAAGUCAUGUCGCAGCUUUUCUUGGACACGCCGCUUUCCCAUGGAGAUCCCACCACGUUUCGGAGCAUUUCAACCAUGGAUGACUUCUGGAAGUUCACCGAAGGCCCGUUUCUUAACGGUAUGUACUGGGAAGUGUGGUACAACAACAAGAGCCUUCCAGAAAACCACAGUCUCAUCUUCUACGAGAACCUCCUUCUCGGGGUGCCACGGCUCCGGCAGGUCAAGGUCCGCAACGCUUCGUGCAGCGUCCACGAGGACCUGCGCGACCAAGUGCGCGACUGCUACGACGUCUACACGCGCACCAACGAGGACACCGCCCCCUUUGGGCCCGGUAACGGGACCGCCUGGACGUACGCAGUGGAGGCCAGCGGCACCGGGAGCACUCGCUGGGGACGUGUUUCCAAAUAUGGCGGUGGGGGAUACUACCGAGAUCUGUCCCGGACCAGGGAGGAGUCUGCGGUCCGGUUGCGCUUCCUGAAAGACAACCUGUGGCUCGACAGGGGCACCAGGGCCGUUUUCUUGGACUUCGCCGUCUACAAUGCGAACAUCAACCUUUUCUGCAUUGUCAGGAUGUUGGUGGAGUUCCCAGCGACGGGCGGAGCGGUGACAUCAUGGCACUUCCAGACUGUGCGUCUUAUCCGAUACGUGUCCAGCUGGGACUACUUUGUCGGACUGUGCGAGGUCAUGUUCUGCCUCUUCAUCCUCUACUACGUGGUGGAGGAAGCGCUGGAGAUCCGAAUUCACCGACUGCAUUACUUCCGGAAUCUCUGGAACUGUCUGGACGUCCUCAUUGUCACUCUGAGCGUGGUGGCCAUCAUCAUGAACAUAACAAGAACGGCCAUGGUGAGCAGCUUGCUGAAGACCCUCUUGGAGAACUACACCACCCACCCCAACUUUGAGCCACUGGCUAACCUGCAGCUUCAGUUCAAUAAUGUGGUGGCGGUCAUUGUAUUCUUCUCCUGGAUUAAGCUCUUCAAGUUCAUCAACUUCAACAAAACCAUGAGUCAGCUGACGGGCACCAUGUCGCGCUGCGCCAAAGAUCUCCUGGGCUUCGCCAUCAUGUUCUUCAUCAUCUUCCUGGCGUACGCGCAGCUGGCCUACUUGCUCUUCGGAACGCAAGUCCACCAUUUCAGCAGCUUCCAAGCUAGCAUUUUAACUCAAUUCCGUAUCAUCCUGGGAGACUUUGAGUUCUCCGAAAUCGAGGAGGCCAAUCCGGUGUUGGGUCCCGUCUACUUCAGCACCUUUGUCUUUUUCAUCUUCUUCAUCCUCAUGAACAUGUUCCUGGCAAUCAUCAACGACACGUACUCGGAGGUAAAGGCAGACAUGUCGCAGCACAGGUCCGACAUGGAGAUGAGCGAUCUCAUCAAGAAGGGUUGUAACAAAGCUCUGAUGAAACUGAGGCUGAAGAAGACGGCGGUGGACGAUAUCUCGGACAGUCUGCGGCAGGCCGGGGGGAAGCUCAACUUGGGGGAAUUGCGGCAGCAUUUGAAGAGGAAGGGCCAUACAGACGCCGAAAUCCAGGCCAUCUUCGCCAAAUACGAACACGACGGCGACCAGGAGCUGACUGAACACGACCACCAGCAGAUGAGAGACGACCUGGAGAAAGAACGUGAGGACUUGGAUCUUGAGCGUGCAUCUUUUACGCGUGCAUCCGUCGGUCGCGGCAUCCCUCGCGUCCAGGACGACUCGGAGGAAGACGACGACGAGGACAGCGGGCACAGCUCCCGCCGCCGCGGCAGCAGCUCGGGCGGCGUUUCCUACGAGGAGUUCCAAGUCCUGGUGAGACGCGUGGAUCGAAUGGAGCACUCGGUCGGCAGCAUCGUGUCCAAAAUCGACGCCGUCAUUGUCAAGCUGGAGACCGUGGAGAGGGUCAACGUCAAGAGGAGGGACGUGCUGGGACGCCUCUUCGAGGGCGCCGCGGAGGAGGAGCGAAACGUAGACGCGCACAGCGAACAAGAGCGACUGGUCAGAGAGGAACUGGAGCGCUGGGAGUCGGAUGACGUCUCCUCGCAUACGCCGCGACCUCGUGCCCGACCUCCUUCCUCGCUGUCGCUGGACGGCGUGGACGCUAACGCUGACGUGUAA